AUGUCUGCCAGUAGCUCUCCAGGGAUCCAAACGCUGCUAGCAGCCGAGCAGAAGGCUCAAGAUAUUGUCCAGAAGGCACGGCAGUACCGCAGCGAGCGAUUGAAGGCGUCUAAAGCGGACGCCCUCAAAGAGGUCGAGGAGUACAAGCAGAAAAAGGAGGCGGAGUUUGCUAGCUCGUCGACCAAUGAGCAGGUAAGUGCGAACCAGCUCAAUGAGGACGCCGAGAAAGCAGCCCAGGCGCAAAUUGAGGCGGUCCAGAAGCAGGGUGCCGCAUCAAAAGACAAGGUCAUCAAAAUGCUCGUGGAGCGGGUAACUGCCCCCAAUACUAUCAAGGCUUAA